AUGCUGGAACCAGGUAAUGGUCUCAUAAGGCAGGCGGAGCACGCCCAUACAAGGUGUUGGGUGUGUGUGCUGAGCUGCUUUCUGCUCGCCUGUGUGUACGUCGGCAGUUUGUACGUCUGGAGAAGCAGCUUACCCAGGGACCAUCCUAGUGUGAUAAAGCGUCGCUGUGCCAGUGUGCUGGUGGUCUCUGCAUUGUCACCUGCAGCAGUGAAGGCAUGGAUGCACUGGGCCGAUAUCAGGGUGGAUGUGUCCUUGUGGGAGUUGAUGGGAGUUCGUAUGGAGGGUUUUGUUCCUGCAGUUAUACUGCCACUGCUACUAACCAUGGUUUUCUAUCUUGGUCCACUGGUUCAUUCUGCGUUGGACAAUCCUGAUGACUUCACUAUGGAAGUGCAGUCUUCACUGGAUGUUCACUCAUGGAGGUUAUGUUUAGGAGACGCUGUGUGGCUCAGGAACCAGGUGGUGGCACCAGUGACAGAGGAGCUGGUCUUCAGAGGAGCCAUGCUGCCCAUGCUGGUGCCCUGUACAGGACCCACAGCUGCCGUCUUUGUAGCUCCACUGUUCUUUGGUGUUGCUCAUUUCCACCAUAUCAUAGAGCAACGGCGUCUCCACAAGGAUAGUAUGAGUGUCAUUCUCCUGGUGGCAGGGAUGCAGUUCUUGUACACAGCUGUGUUUGGUGCCUUUACUGCCUUUAUAUUCAUGAGAACUGGUCAUAUUGUGGGUCCAGUUUUGUGCCAUUCAUUCUGUAACAGUCAGGGCCUGCCUGAUAUAAGCUCUGCCCUCCAACACCCUCAACGCACAGCUCUGCUUUUCGCAUAUGUGAUGGGAGCCCUGCUGUUUCUGGUGCUACUCUUCCCACUGACAGACCCCUUCUUCUAUGGUGCCAUCCCUGUCUGCAGCCUGGCUCCAGCCCCUCCUUCUGUUUGUUAG